UCCCCAUAUCCAGCUAGGCGUCGGGGUCGCAGGGCGAUGCGCUCUAGGCAUAUUCGCACAAAUCUAGUCACAGCUCCAAGGCAAAAUCCCCUUACAUCUUUCGCAUCAAACCAAACAUCUAAAAAAUCUGCGUGUCUUUCCCAAGAACGUGCUCAGCGCCUUGCUCUUCUCCGUUCAUCAAGUCUUCAUGCUGCUUUGUUCUUUCAUCUAGCCGGUGGGAUCGACCCAGCCUCGGAUUCACAAUAUUCUUCUUCUCCACAUUGCCAUGAAAAUAUUGCCUCAGAGAAUUCCUGUUCUCUUUCUGACAUGCGGCCUCCACAGGACUUUUGUCAGGCUCCACAAGAAGGCACCUUAGAAACUGAUCACUAUUCUCAAAAGAUUAUACCUAGCGUUUUAGCUGCCUCAACGGGAGAUCUGCAUAAAAGACAAGCCUUAUUUAUGUGUUUGGAUCUGCUUGGAUGGAUUAUCAGCAUGUACCAUCACGAAAUCAACUGGCCAAAGUUAGUUAUCUCAUCUCAAAGGCAUUUCCUUUAA